AUGGAGUCCUGCACCUUGCUUCAUGACCCGGAGAGCGAGAGCGACAGCGAAGAAGUACGAGAGCCACUGGAGCAGCAGCCAGUGAGCUCACCCUCACUGCCGGAGCGUGCCCAGCACGUGGUUUCUGCCAAGAAGGUGGGCAGACCAUCUGAUGAGUACCAGCGGGCCAUUAAUUUCUCCGCAUUUGACUUUGCGAAAGUGCAAGAAGUGGUAAGUGAGGUUCCCCAGCUCCACCGAAGCAAGAUCAUUUUACUUAACGUUGCAAACUUGUACGUGGAGGCAGUGGAUCUCGUUACAGGAAAAUUCGACGCGUCAGUCAGCCUUCGCUUCGUCCGAAGGUUUGAUGAUGAAACCGGCCCACCUCCACCUGAAGCCAACGAGGACAUUGCUCCAGAUAAGAUUCCUGACUUGCUUGCACAGAUCUACGGUGUCACUCUGAAUUGGGAUUUGCACCAAGCAUGCACUGUAGAGUACUCGUCCGCACGGCUUUUUGGAGGCACUGACGGACAAUGUGAUGUCACUCUCCGCGGGACAUUCCAGGACACUAAUGAUUUGGAGUUCUUCCCCUUCGACAUUCAGGAUUUCAAUGUCAUCUUUGAGGUGCGCUCUGUGGCGAAGGUGCCGGACUUUCACUUGAUUUUGGUUGGGGACGUUAAUUCACAGCAGACCAUGCCAGACUAUACCUUCUACCGGCCACUUGCGAUGAUGUAUGCCAGGAAGUGGCCAUAUCGCAAAAUCUCUAUCACAACAUGUGCAUUGCGGAACUAUGGCCAUUAUCUAAUGAACUACUAUUUGCAACUUUGCGUCCUGACAACUGCGUUUCCGCUGGUGAGCGCGAUAGACCCGCAUGAGGGGACAGCAGACCGGCUCAGCUUCCUCGUGACACUCAUCCUUGCUACUGCAGCGCUUCAGAUCACAAUGAACGCGAACCUGCCAUGCAUUCCAUAUGCAACGAUGCUGACAAGAUACACGACCGCGUCUUUCACCGUCAUGUCCAUGUCCAUGUUCCUCUGCGUCUUGACUUCUCGCAUGCCGUGGUGGUGGGAUGCAGCCACCUUCGGGGGCUUGUUUGUCUUCUGGAUAGGCUACAAUGUGAGCCACUUCCUCACUGCACGACGCAGCAUUUGGCAGGCCAGGCGAUUGUUAGGAAGCCCGGCCGAGAAGAUAACGGUGGGGAGCAAAGAACUAGCGACUGCUGCAGCUAUGAUGGAUGCCUUGGACCCCCGAUUCGGAGCCCUGCUGCAUCUGCGGAAAAAGCGAAGUUGUCCUAUGUCCCUUUUCUGCUGUGAUGGCGGCGGUCCCUGUGCUCAAAGCUCUCGGAUGAGGGUUGAAGCCAAUGGCCCGGCACCAAUAGUACCGGACACCUCCCAAAGCAGGGUCCAUACGCCUUUGCCCAUGCUGCAAGACUGGGACAAGCUCGGAGCCAGGGAGAAGGAGGUUGUGCAGGAAAAGCUGGAAAGCAUCGUAAAUGCCUUUGCGCGUGAGCUCACUAGGGGCAAGGUGUUCAUGAAGCUGGGGCGAAAUGGCCGCCUCUUCUACCGCCUUUGCACUUUGGACAAGCAGCUGACAGCAUUCUCCAUGCACAUCAAGGGAGCCAUCGUGGAGUAUCCCUUCAGCCACAUGCAGCACAUUAGCUUUGGUUAUGACCUCACAGACUUCACGCAUGUUCCUGUCUCAUUGCCAUCUGAUGCGCUGGCAGCGGUUAUUGUUAUGGACAACCGGAGAAUGAAUCUGGUGUUUUCGUCCCCCAUGGAGCGAGACGAGUUUGUCACUUGCAUGCUCGUUCUCAAGGAUGAGCCAACCAGCUCCAGGCAAGGCUCUUGGCUCUCUUUGUGUGAGAGCGAAUUGAGGCAUGCUGUGGCAAUGCUCCCAGCCCGCAACCAUGGGCGCCUCUGCAGACUCGCCAGGUUCUCCACAGAGGCCACCACACAGGCGGCGCCAGCACAGGCCUUGUUGGUGGUGCCAGGCAUCAGGCGAGGACGGCGCAGAGCAAAGACAAUCAAGGCUGUUGAGCGGACGGCGACCCGCCUGCACUACCGCGAGCUUGUGAAGCAGGAAAUUUUUGAUCGACAUGCAGUCACAAGUUCGAGGGAGACUUCUCUGCGCUUCCACCUCUUCCGUACCGAGCGGCAGCUCAGCAAGGUGGAAAAACUGCGUGCCCGGCAAGCUCUGCGUCCAUUCGGCCUGCUUGAGCGGUUUCGUUCAUCCGAGCUGAUAGCUCUCGUCGAAGGCGCGGCUCGGGGGCACUUUGACAACGACCUCCUGUGGCGACAGCUGGAGCGUCUCUUUGUGGUUCAGAACAAGAUUCUGUCAAUCGGAGAGAUGUCGCGCAUCCUGCAUUCGUUCGCAAUGAGAAGGCAGAGCAGGCAGCUUACAGACCCGCCUGCGAAACUUUUGCGAGUGGUCUCACGGCGCUUCUGUCAAGAGGCGGUCUCAUGCUCGUUUGCGGAGCUUGCCCGAAUUGUGGACUGCUUCGGCACAUUCAGUGCAAGAGAUACCAAGCUUCUGAAUCACCUCUCCGUGGUUUUCCCGGAUGUGCAGUCCUUGCAGACAGAGGAGACGGAGUUUGAGGCGCUGGUUCAUCUUUGUCGUGGGCUGGCUGCAUUGAGGUGGCCGGAUGAGGCCGCGCUGCGAUUCACUGUGCGGAUGGUGUCCGAGUCCCUCGAGGCGAGGCCACCAAAGCAGGGACUUCGAAAAGUCCUUGGGAACCUUGCCAGUCCGACCAACUUGUAUUCGCUUCCAGCGUUUGAGCCGGAAGAGCGAUGCGAAAUUAUCGCAGAUGCUGAUGUCGUUUUCAUCUGCGAAGCUUUGGCGAUCUUGGAGGUCAGAGCCGAGGCUUUGAUCCGUGUGGUCUUGAAGGACGUGGUAACCGAGAGAGGCGGGACAGCGCGGGCACUGUCUCAGGGACGAUGGAGGUCCGCACACCUCCUUGGUCGCCUGAGUCGUAGUCUGGCCAGGCUUGGUGUCGUGGACAAGCAGCUGACAGCCCGAUGGCUACAGGCGGUGCGGCGGGAAGACCGGAUAAAUCCCCAGCCGCGUCGCCCACGGGAGGUGUUGGAGGUGGCGACUACUGCAUACCAGAUCGGUGCUUUCCACAGGGAGCUGCAGUGUCGACUGGGCCGGCGCCUGCGCGUAGCCCUGCGGCUGGGUGCAGGCUCUGCCAGAGGUGCCAGUGAUGCCGUCCAAUCCGUGCAGGAGGCAACCCUGCAAGCCGGGACAACGCAGUUGGCGGUUCGGCUACCAGAGGUCGAAGCUUUGCCUUCGGAGCAGAACCUGCAGACGGCUCUGCAGUGUCUCAGGGUGUUGACCUGCUGCGACGACAGAGACUUCGACGCAGUGCUGGGCGCAGCCACCCGGCAGCUUCGAGAGUCCGAAGGCUUCUCCAGCAUCGCUUUGCCCUAUGCCAUGAUCUGCUCGCGAUCUCCAGAGGCUUUUGCGAAGCUUGACCGAGGAGCCAGGCUGCUGAGCAUGGAGGAGCUCCUGGAAGCUCAUCGCUGUUGCGCGCUCCUGCACGUCCAGGAGCAUCUGGCUGGAGCUCCGCCGGCAAGCCGUACGGCUUUCGGCCAUAUGGACCGCUGCCCAGAAAUCGCCAAGGUACUGUGGCAGAGAAUGGCAGGCAUUGUGGCGGACCUUUCAGGCGAAUCGAGCAGCCGCAUCUGGGAGCUGGCCACGUUUUCAUCUGUGGCAGAGUCGCUGCAACGUCUCUCACCGGCGGCUGUUGCUCCUGAGGAGGCCGACCUUGCCGUGGCUUGUGGACGCACACUUCGGGUGAGACUGGGUCAAGGAGCCACGCUGACCAUGCGCGACACGAUUUCCGUGACUGAGUGGUGCGCCUCCACCUCGGUGCCUUGCCCCAAAGUGACGAAGAUCUGCUGCAAGACGCUGGUCUCGAAGGCCAAGCUCUUCUCUGGCGAGGCAUUGCGGCGUGCCCUCUUCGCCACUUUGCAGGCUUCCGAAGGGCCUCGCUCCGAGCAGUGGCUGCCCGUUCUACGGGCAUUGCUGGAGGAACUGCCAAGGAAGCAGCAUCUUCAGCCUGCAGAAGAUCUGCUUCGCCUGGCUGUCCACUUCCUUCGUGCUCAAGCACUGCACCGAGUCAAGAUGUUGCCUCGGCAGACGAGCCCUCCUGCCCUUCGAUUCGUUCGUCGCUUGGAGAGGCCGGCUCUUCGUCGCAGCCCUUUCCAGGGUGCCAUUGCGGCAGGGGUCAUCCACCUACUUCGUCGACUUACCGAGACGCGGUCAUUGCUUUCACAGGCCUCUACAUGCUUGCUGAAGGAGGCUUUGGACGUCUGCCACAGAGUUUGCGGCCUCAAGAGGUCCAGGUGCGCCUCAACUGCGAAGGCGAAUUUGGCACAGCUUCCGAGGACUCUGCCGCCCUCGCUGCUCAGCUCGGUGCCUUCGAUCCCACGGCCCUGGGAAGUCCGGGACCAGGUGGUGGAGCUUGGCACGGACGCUCUUGGGCGCCCUCGAUGUCUAUUGGGCCGCUGUGCUUGCGGCCAUGGCAAUGUUUGCAUCAGAUUUGUCAAGGCGCUUCAGCACCAGGUUGCUUUCCGAUCCGCCUCAACUCUUGGGCUGUCUGCACUCCGGAGUGGCAAAAACGGAUGUGGUGUGGUGUGCUGUGCGACCGAACGGCAGUGCCAUGGCUGCAAAGAACAUGCCACAAAUUCCGAAGGUCAGUCGGUCGUGCUUCGUUUGCUACACCUGUGCGGCAACAGACAAGGGAUGUCGGGUUGGGUCUGGACCUGGCGAUGGGCUGCUGCUUUAGCUUCUGCCCGGUUGUGUGGAGCCUCUCCGCGCUGUGGGUCUGCGCGCCUCGCAGAUGGAAGCUGCCUGUGGUUCCACUUUCACUCGUAUUUCAGCCCAGCGCUGUAUGCAGAUGAGAGGAGCUCGCAAAAGCAGUUGCUCAACGCCUUUCUGAUUCAUUAUCUGAAGAUGAGCAUACCUGCUUCAAAUUUUCUGGGGCUGAUACAAGUGAAUCGCUACUAUGGCAAGCGAGCUGGGAAAACCUUUGCAGAGAGCCUUAGAAGGGACUUUGGCAUACGCCAUGUGCGGCUUGUGCUUACAGGCAGAAACACAAGCAACCGUGAUCUGGAAUUUCUAAGCUGGCUCAUGCUUUGCGAACAUACCCAGGCUGAAGACUGGAUCAUAAAGGCAGAUGUAGACGAGUUCCAUGUUUUUCCUCCACACGGGGGCAUCUUCCACAACGGCACCUUCGAUGCCCAUGCCUAUUUCAAUGCUCUGAACCAAGCAGGGAAAAACGUCGUGAACGGUUUCCUUAUAGACAGAGUGGCGCACAAGGCCAGGCUGCCGGAGGUCCGGCCAACCUAUGCAACCGACAAUAUCAUGAACCAGUUCCCUGUCAUUUGUGGUGUGACAGCGCUCUUCAGGCUAACAGACCCACGGAAAGUAGUGGCGUACAAGGCCUACAUCCGGGCACCCAGUUCUCAUCACUUUGCCUUUGGCAUUGACCAGACUUUCUAUCCCUGUGACAUCACCGAGUCCUGUUACGGAGGUCGUCGGCUACCGGUCUAUGGAAGGCGCCAGGACCUGCAGCCGUGUCGUGUGAGUGCAACAAACUGGUACCACGUCCUGCGGAAGAAGCUGGGAAGGGACGCGUUUGCCCUGAUGCCCUUUAAGUACCACGGGCAUCUGCCCUUAUUGAACCCUUUGCGUUCCUGGGCCUCCGCCUUCCAUUUGAAGUGGCACUCCGGGCUGUGGUCCUUGCAGAAGGAGGCCAGCUUCUUUGGUGGCCGUAUUUUGCCCGAGCACUUCGAAGACGAGUUUAGAACCUUUGUCGGUAAGAUGUGCUAUCCUGCAAAGGUGAAGAAGGCAUAUGAGCCAAUGUCAGAAGAGGAGAUGGGAAGGGUGUUUAACUUUCCGACACCGGCAAAGCGGGAUGGGUGGUGGCACUUGCUUGCAAACCUUGAGGUCGACUCCACAGACUCCUGCGAGUUUCCCAGAAAACUGCUGCUGGACGAUGUGGUGAUCUCGCAGAGCCGCUCUGGAGAUUUGAAAGUUGGAGACAACCACGGCAGGUUGCCACGGAAGGUGGUUAUAGAAGGCGACUCUAUAAGGUUGCCGAAAGCUUACUAUUCCGUUGCUGUGGAAGGUUAUCAAGCUCCGGGAAUCGGCGCGCUCAGUGCUGAACGGAGUACCGCAGACUACGAAGACACGGCAAGAAGUAGCAGCCAAAAGCGCAACAUUAGCGACGUUUUCGUAGAUGCACUCUCCCGAGAGAGGAUGGUCUUGAUGCCCGGCAUGCCAACUGUGCGGAAGGGAGCAGACCUGGAGGCACAGCUUGGAGCGCCGCCUUCUCUGUCCAAUGAGGCAUACAAGCGCACUCCAAUAAGACGUACCUGA